AUGUCGGGGUCCAUGCUGAAUUGGCUGUCCCAACCGGGGCUCCCUGUGCCGCCCGCCUACAACCCCGCGCACCUCUUUGUCGCGCAUCUGCCGCGCGUGCUCGAAGUGCUGCCCCAGCUGCGCACGUCCCACAAUGUGUUUGCCACGAUCGCCCAGCCGCUCGGCGCAUCUGUCUACACUUUCCCCCUACCGGCUAUUGCUUUGGAGGAUAUCGCCGACGAGAUUGGGCGCCUCAUCGCUGAUACAUUCGUGAUCACGCUCCUUCUCAUCGCCCUGUACCGCCUCACGGCGGCACGGGCCACGCCGGUCCGCCGCACCGUCACCUUGGCCCUGUCGACGCUUCUCCUCCUCUGGCCGACGUUUCUCGAUCGCGGCCGCUCAUGUAUGAUCUCGUACGUGCGCGCCGCCGUCGCUUUCCGUGCCUCGCUCAUGACUUGGGACAUGUUUAUCAUGCGCACCCGCGCCGAGGUAGAGAGCUGGUCGUUCCGCCUCGUCUACUCGCACCUGUGGCUCCUGCCUGUCGAGACCGUCGACCUCGAAUACCGCGCGGCUCACGGUAUUCGCAGCACGCCGCGUCUCACGUGCUUGUACAAGCUCGGCAUCGCUCUCGUCCGCAGCGUGUUCUCAUUCGCCCUCGCGCCAGUCUUCCCUCCCGCACAGAUGCUCGGCCAGCAGUCGUGGUUCUCGUAUCGCAUCAACUUGCUGCUGAUGAACCUCGCACUGUACUUUAUGCUGUCGUCAGGCGGCGCUCUCUCGCUCAACGCUUUUGGCCUCGUGUUUGGCGUCGAGCAGCUGCCCAUGUUUGAGAACCCCUUCUUCACCACGAGCAUUCGCACAUUCUGGUCGCGCUGGAACCGCGCGAUUGCUUCGGUGCUGCACCGCGUCAUCUUCCAGGGCAAAAAUACCAACGUGCGCCAGGCCCCCGAAAAGAAACACGAGCACAAAUCGCCUCCUCGCCUCGACAAGCGCUUCUUCUUCCACUCCCUCCAGGCCAUCAUGACGUUCCUCGUCUCGGGCCUGCUGCAUGAAUACCUCUUGCACUUUUCGCCCCCGCCCAGGCUCCACGGAAGCCAGACGCUCUUUUUCGUGCUGAAUGGCUUCAUGACGGUGGCGUCAACGUACGUGAGCAAGUUCCACCCAGCGCUCGUACAGCGCACGCCCGUGGUCAUCCGCUACAUGCUGCUCAUGUCGUUCUUCCUCAUCUUCGCACCCCUCUUUUUCAUUCCCAUCCAGGCCAACAACAUGCUCGCGGAAGGGCAAUGCCUGCUCCACCACCUCCUCUUCCCUCGCAACGAGACACCUACACAAGGCACCUUUCUCUAUUAUCCAUAG